AUGAUCAUCACUGGUUCUGACUCUUUUGCUAUAUCUGAGGUCAAGCAGCAUCUUUUUCGCACUUUUAACAUGAAGGAUUUGAGCCCCUUGCAGUAUUUUCUUAGUAUUGAAGUAGUUUCUUCUCUUAAGGGCUACUUUCUCUCUCAGGCCAAGUAUGCCAAUGAAGUUAUUCAUUGUGCCCGUCUUACUGACACUAAGAUUUUUGAUACCUCCAUUGAGCUUAAUGUAAAGUACAACACUACUGAUGGUGUUCUUCUAGAUGAUCCUACUUUAUAUAGAGAACUCGUGGAUUGCUUAGUCUAUCUGAUGGUUACUUGUCCUGAUCUUGCCUAUAUUGUUUAUGUGAUUAGCCAGUUUGUCUCUUCUCCUCGCUCCACACAUUGGGCUGCAUUGAUUCAGAUUCUUCGCUAUCUCCGAUGUAUUAUAUUUCAGGAUUUACUAUUGUCCUUUACUUCUUCUCUAGAUUUGGUGGCCUAUGUUGAUUCUGAUUGGGCUGGUGAUGUUAUUGAUCGCAAAUCCACGUCUGGUUUCUGUAUGUUUCUUGGCGAUUCUUUGAUCUCUUGGAAAUGCAAAAAAUAA